CAUUGCUCGCUUACAACACUGGCAGUGUUUGCGUUUCGCUGUGAAUGGACAUUAGCCCCAACCAACUCUUUUUAUUUUAUUUCUUUAAAUCAAAAACGUGAAAUGUUAAUAAACGUGUGCCGAGUUUGCGGCAGGAGCCGGCUGUGCCCCAAAGCCGUGGCGCUCUUCCAGCCCGGCAGACGGGAUGUUCUUCGCCGCAUCCAGCUGAUAACCGGAAUUCGCCUUCAGCAGAUUCCCAAUGCUCCGGAUAUGGUGUGCUUCUGCUGCCAGACCGAUCUCCACUCGGCCAUGAUUUUCCGGAGGCAGUGCAUCCUGCAGCAGAAGAAGUGGGUGCCCUUACAGCAAACCGAUGAAGUGGGGGCCAACGAGAAAGAGAAGGUAGAGCCCAAUGAUCCCUCACCCAAGAAGAAAACGAACCAGCGGCGAAAGGGGCGAGCCAGGAUGCCACUGGAAAUCGUCGAUAUUGUCGUAACGAACGAGAAUAAAACUUCAGCGGAUGCUGCAGUUGGUGAUGAUGAAUUUGAUCAGCCGGUGGAGAUCUCCAAUGAGCCGGAUGCCACGGAUAGCGAUGUUAACCUGGAGGAAAUAGAUCUACCGGAUGAGGAUGGCUUGGAGUCGGAUCAAGAGUUACCCAAUGUUCAAAUCCACAAGUGCGCCAUCUGUGGAGUUAUUAAAAACAAUAAGUCAUCUCUGGACAGGCACAAGUUUGAGCACUCCGGACUAAGGCCCUUUCCCUGCAAGGAGUGCCCAAAGACCUUUUUGGCAGCGAGUGAGCUGAAGGUCCACAAUCUGGCCCACCACACCGUGGAGCCCCCGUUCGCCUGUCGCUACUGCGAUCGUCGCUACUUCUCCGUGGUGGGCAGAAAGAAGCACGAGCGUGUCCACACCAACGAGCGGCCCUUUGUGUGCGAGCAGUGCGGCAAGGCCUUCACCAGGACCUGCAUCUUGAAGGCCCAUAUGGCGUCCCACCAAGAUGUAAGGAAGUAUAGCUGCGAUGUCUGCGAUCGCUCGUUCAGCCUGAAGAAGCACCUCGCCACCCACUUCAUCUCAAAUACCCAUAAGCGAAACGCUGAAGCCAUCUCAUCGUCGUCGGAAUACAUGUCCAUGCUCAGUUUUGAGUCCGAUGAAACCUGGUCCCAAGGCACCCCACUGAUCAGUUCCAUUGACGAAGAUCUAGUGCAGUCGCAGUUCGACAUUUUGUGCCAGGAAGUUUAACACAGCUCAAGAAGCCAUAUGAUUUAUCAAAAUACCAAAAACAAAGAUCAGCUAAUCCACAAAGACUUAAUAACAGCUGAAAGCACAAAAGACAAUAUCAAGUAUCGGUCUAAAAAUAUUGGUGAAUUUUGAAAAUUCCUUAAAACCCAGCAACACUAAGACAGCUUCGGAAGUAAAUAAUGCUUUUUAUAGUUUGUAGUUUUUAAAUGGCCAUAUUAUUUGAGACUUUUUGCUAUUUUUUGCAUAAUUUACAGUGCACUGCAAUUGGUCGUUUGCUUCCUUAAUAUCACAAAAGUGCCUAUAUGGUCUUACCAGAGACAUUAAUUAUACCCACAUACUUAUUGGGCUGAAAAGGUAUUUUUAGUGUGAAAACCUAAAAAUCUUACAAAUUUAGAAUCUCAAAAAUAUUGAAGUUUUGAAACUUUUACAAUCGUCUUCCAAAUAGUAACUAACAAAUUAUUGUUAUAUUUCAUAUUUGAAACAAAAUUACUAACUCUUAACUUGUAGUUAUUUAAGAUAUAUUCAGACAUCAGGAUUUAACCCACAAGGUACAAAAAUGAACAAACAAUUUUAAAUGAAAACUCUCUGAAUACAUAUUGACACAU